AUGGUUGAACAUAGAAAUAAACAAGAGUCACAGGAGUUUGACAUACCCAACAUUGAAGGCGUGGAGCCCGUCAUGAUGGAGAGAGAUUUGUGGGAUUUUGUACAGUAUUUGCAUUCGGAAGAACUUGACCAAAUAAAAAAUGCAAAUGAUGUUGAAUUUGAUAUUGAGGAUGUUGCUGAAUUCCUCCAGUUUAGAGUGGUUCCAAACCAGAGCAGUACGACAAAAAAAGCACAGAGGGCCAUGGAGGAGAUAUCUUGUCUCUACCAGAAGUGUUUUUCUAUUUGUGUGAAAGAAGAAAUAGAAAUCCCUAAGACAGUUGAUGGCAAGAAGUUAAAGAAAACUGUGGAGGAUCUCAGAAUGAAGUAUCCUAAAACAUUAAUCAAAGAGAUCAAUGGAGGGCUGCAUAUUGUUGGUGGCAGAAGUGAUGUCUUUCUGGCAAAGCACAGACUGUAUGAAGCAGUUGGAAUGAAAGCUGGCAGGCACAGAGAUCCCAUGCCACAACAGCUGUCACAAGAAAGAAAUGAAACUGAGCAUGGUGAUGGCCGAGCAUCUGAGAAGAAUCGUGGACACACUAGCAACCAAGAGGUUGAUGGAGCUGCAAUAACCCAUGAAGCUGAUCAGUUAGACACCGAUCUUUCUAUGAGGGAAGAGAUGACUGGAGUUCCCAAAGCUCCCAAAGAACAUUACAUUACUUACCAGGGGCUUCAUCUUCUGGUGUAUGAGGGAGAUAUCAUUCAGGAAUAUGUUUCUGUCAUUGUAAGUGCUGCUAAUUCUCAGCUCAUGAAUGGUGGUGGAGUAGCUGGGGCCAUAUCUAGAGCAGCAGGUCCAGGCUUGGAGAUGGAAUGUUCAGAGUUCAUAGAAGAGUAUGGUAGUUUGCCCAUGGGGGAUGUCAUGCACACCACUGCUGGUGGCACGUUAAAGUGUGAGUUUGUCAUUCAUGCUGUAGGGCCAGUAUGGGAUAUAAAUCAUGAGCAGGAGUGUGAAGAUGACCUGAUGAUGACCUUUUUAAAGUGUUUCAGAUAUGCAUCGGAGAAGUUGAAAGCAAAAACCAUGGCAACACCUCUUAUUAGCUCUGGUAUCUUUGGAAUGCCAUUGGACAUCUGUACACGAGCCUUGAUGCAUGCCAUUGACACCUACAGCAGACAGUAUGGACUUGAAGGACCUCUGACAGAGAUACAUGUAGUCAACCUAGACACUGUAGGAACACUUUCCAUUCAGAACACAUUUUCCCAGUACUUUAAUAAUAUCCAUGAUGUGUCACAAAAUAUGAUUGAUAACUAUCCUAAAGAAGGGUCAUCAGUUGAUCCUUGCAUUGAACCAAAACCAGAAUAUAAGGGUGGGCAAAAUGUGAGAGGCGAUGAAACUGGCCGGUCAAAAUAUGAAUUAACAGAUGCAAAGUUUGAUGCCAUGGCUCAAGAUUUGGCAUCAUCUGGGCAACUGUUGCAUUCUAAACAUCACCAGGCCUUUCAUCAGGAAUCUAAACUUGCUGGUGGGGAAAGAGCUGUGAGACGUACUGACAAAAAGAAAUCUAGCACUUGUGGCUACUGUCAUAAAGAAAUGGAUAUUGAAUUCAAAAAGGAAUGUGGACAUCAUUUAUGCCUUGAAUGUUACAACACAUUUUCAUCUCAUGUGGGAUGUCCAGUCUGUGUUAAACAUUAA